AUGCAUUAUGGGAUAUACACAUGUGAGGGGUGCAAGGGUUUCUUCAAAAGGACUGUUCAAAACAAACGCAUAUACUCGUGUGUAGGAGCUGAUGGAGCUUGCCCAAUGACGAAGGAACACAGGAACAGGUGUCAGUUCUGUCGAUUUCAAAAAUGCCUUCAGCGAGGUAUGGUUCUAGAAGCUGUACGCGAAGAUCGCAUGCCUGGCGGAAGAAACGGAAGCACAGUAUAUAGUCUGUACAAGUUGAGAUGUCGUAAAGCACGGCAUCGGCCUCCUUUACGUGAUAGUAUAUCCCUUUGUAAAAACACAGCGGAUGUUGAGGGACGGUUAGCAGAUUACGAUGAUUGUCCACGAGCAAAGAAUAAGAACCUCAUUCAAGAACUGAUCGAAAUAGACCAAAUCGAAAAACUUAUCGAUUUGCGAGGUUUAAGGAUUUUUCCCAUAGAUGACAAUUGCGAAGAGUUAGAUCCUGCCUGCCAGCGUCUCAGUCGCAUAGGAGAUGAAAUUGUUGAACAACUGGUCGAAUGGACAAAAAUGUUACCGUUCUAUGGUGAGCUUCCUGUAGAAGUGCACACCCACCUUCUUACGCAGCGGUGGGCCGAGCUGGUUCUACUAUCAGCUUGUUUUUACUCUUGUUCAAAUGCCACACAUGUAAGUGAUGAUACAGUUGUUUCCACCACCACGAUUGAAGGGGACGAAGAGGUCUCUUUCUUGGACUCUUCUGCCAACAUUCGUCUUCUUCAAAAGCGUCUGUCAGCCGUAAUGGGGAAACCAAUACCACUCGAACAUGUAAUAAAGGAGGCUGGUCCCCUGGUCGAAAAAUUCACUACGCUGCUCUACUCGUUUUCAAAAAUGAGGAUAACAACAGAAGCAUACGUCUGUAUCAAGGCUAUCACACUUUUCCAUUAUAGCAAAACUUCAGAUUGGAGCGGCACUAGUCACCUGGAUAAACCGCAAUUUCUGCAGAAGGUUACGCUAAUUCAAGAUCAGUUCGUGAAAGCUCUUCAAAUACAUCUGAUUCAAAAUGAGGAAGCUGCCCGUUUAAGCGAUAUUCUCACAUGGUUGCCUAUGCUUCACAGCGCUUCAUCCGUUCUUCUGCAUUCAAAAAUGUUUUAUGUUCCAUUUUUGAUCUGUAAAAAUCCACACCGAUUUGCGGGACAGGAUGAUCAAUGA